AUGGCUCUAAGUUGGAAUUGGGUGCUGCCGCUACACUAUAUAGCCUGUGGCUUAGCGAGUAAUAGAGUAAAACAGUUGUGCUACAUGGAACCAACGAAUCGAUCAUCAAUUGGAUUUUUGCAUAUCUCCGCGCUAACCGAUCUGGAGCAUUGCAAGCGACUUUGCCUAGCAACAGAUCGGUGCUCGUCUCUUAUAUAUGCCACCGUCAAGAGCAUAUGCUUGCUUAUAAAUGGCCAGGAAGGAGAAAGCAGUGAAAAUGAUGAUAAAAGUCUAAUAUAUUUUCGAAGGACAUGUCAAGGUAAUUUAGAACUAAACAACAGUUCUUUUGAAGCAAAAUCGAGGCCAGGCCAGUAG